AGCUGAGCUGCAGCCAAUCACAACUUUCCCUUUAGUUCAUCAUGUAAACAAACCUGCUGAGGCCUCAACCCGACCGGAACGGCCCGGCUCCGUUCACACACCCCCGUUUUUCCAGAACCAGGAGGAUCCAGAGGCCAGGAUGGGACCCGUUGAGCUCCUCCACAUGUCGGUUUUCUCCCAAAGCUUUUCUCCCUGCGGCCGCUUCCUGGCGGCUGGGAACAACUACGGAGAGAUCGCCCUGUUCAGCCUGGCUGCGGCUCUCAGUCCAGAUGCCACGACAGCCAAUCAGAAGCCUGUUCUGACGUUCACAGCUCAUGAAGGUCCCGUCUUCAGUCUGCUCUCCACCGACUCCGUCCUGCUGAGCGCAGGGAACGGCGAGGUCAGCGCCUGGAACUGGACCGAACUCAUCAAGAAGAACGCGAAGCCGCUGUGGACAAAGAGGCCAAACUACAAGUCCAGUCUGGAGAUUCCAGAGAUCAACUCCAUGGCCAUCAAUCCUCGAGACGACAGCCUGGCGAUCGGAGCGGGGGACAACAACGUCCACAUCCUGGACCUGGAGCACGGUGCCUUCAAGGCGACCCUGCAGGGUCACACGGACUACGUGCACUGCGUGUGCGUACGUGAACGGGAGGCGGAGCUUCUGUCUGGCAGUGAGGACGGCGCCGUACGGAUGUGGGACUGCAGGACGGGGCAGAGCGUCCACUGCAUCGAGCUCCAUAAGUACGAGAGCUGCGCCAGACCUCAGCACGGGAAGUGGAUCAGCUGCCUGACCACAGACUCUGAUUGGAUGCUGUGCGGCGGCGGCCCGUCUCUGUCCCUGUGGCAUCUGCGCUCGCUGUCGCCGACCUCGGUGUUCCCGCUGAGCGGCUGCCAGCGCCGGGCCGCAUUCCACCAGGACAUGAUACUCGCUGUGGGCGACGGUGCCUUCGUCUCCCACUGCCUUCUGGGAGGAGAGGUCAAAGGUCAGAUCCCGUGCACGCCACCGAGCCUCAACACGUUGCAGCUGAACACAAAGAGCUCCGAGCACCGGGUGCUGACGGUCGGCGGCGGCAGCAGCAAGAUCGACGUCUUCACCAACCUGUCCUACAGAGCCUUCUCCCUCAGCUUCUGACCAGAACCAGGACCAGAACCAGGACCAGAACCAGGGCCAGGACAAGAUCGGAUGAGGAGUAGAACCAGGAAAAACUCUAAAUAAAAUCCAUUUCACUGAUUUUAACUUUCAUCACUUACAGUCAGCUGUGACCCGUUAACGCAUCCAGAACCAGAACGCCGAUCCGUAAACGGGCCGUCUUGUCAAAAUUGAUCCUUUAGGAGAUUUUAGGCAGGAAAAGAAAUUUUAAUAAAAAAUGAAAAGGAA